CUAAAAUAUAGAUUUUCUUCGGAUAUGGCCGCUGUAUCGGCAAUACGACAUCUGCAAUGUUUUGUAAAUUCAUUUUUAUAAAAUGAAUAAGGUGUUUUUUACUUAUGUAUAGUGAUUAGCGGACCGUGUACAGUGCUGUGAUAUUUGUAAUGGAUGCAGAGAACGAGUACGAAAUAAAGAAAGUUCGUGAUGCCAUACAAACGAUAGAGACUAUCCAGUCCAUGAUCGACGUUUCAGCUGAAAGACUUGAGGGUUUACGGACACAAUGCUCGACGAGCGCAGAGCUGACGCAGCAGGAGAUCCGGACCCUGGAGGGCAAGCUGGUGAAACACUUCUCCCGACAGCUGGUGAUCAAGGCCAGCUUCGGUGAGGAGUUGCGGCGUAAGCUCGGCGACGUGCCGCGACUUGCGCAGUGGCUCAGGGUCGUGGGCUUGAGCCCCGAUUCUAUUACGGCGGUAUGUUCCCGCGUGGCGUCGUUGGAGACGCUGCGGGAGCGCUCCGACCACGAGAUGCGCGCGCUGCUGGCCGGCGCGCGCGACGAGGAGGUGCUGCGCCUCUGUCGCGCCAUGCAGCGGCUGCGGACUUAUAUAGAGGCGCUAGGUCGCGGCGAGGGUGGCGCGGAGUUACAGUUGUUCUGGGACUCGUGGGAGCGCACGGUGCGCGCCUCGCCCCGCGCGCCGCGCGCACGACACGCCAACGCAGACCAUCACGGCACGCCGCAUAACAAGAAAGGUGGCAAAUCUCCCCCCACUCCAGUAGCGAAGCGGAAACAACCGAGUACCCUGCCCCCUCCCGCGGCGCUCACCAAGUCGAGGUCACACGAGUCACAACUCUCUGUCAGACCUGACGCUUCAGAUCUUAGUGACAACAGCCAGUCGUCAGCGGUGGGUACGUCGGAGGUGACUCCCCCCGCCUCCCCCCACGACACCGAGUCCGAGCACACGCCGCUACACCGCCCUCUACCGUACCACAACAACAACACGGGGGUGGGCGUGGCGCCGCGGUCGCCGCGCACGCCGACGGUGAGCCGCUGCAUGGCGCACGACAUCGCGCACCGCUUCACCAAGACCAUGCUCAUCGCCACCUGCGACUACUGCGACAAGCAGAUGUUCGGCUCCGCGCUCAAGUGCAAGGAGUGCAAGUUCAAGUGUCACAGAGACUGCGAAAGUAAAGUACCUCCUUCGUGCGGCCUACCACCGGAAUUUGUGGAUGUUUUUAAAGAAAAGUUUCACAAAGAUGGCGGGUACUACUACAUGUCGGGGCGCGGCGCGGGCAUCCUGUCGUCGCUGACCCACCGCCGCCGCCCGCACGCGCCGCCCGCCUCGCACCACGCCGGUGGACCAGAUUCCUCGUCGAACACGUCGUCGUGCAAUAGCUCGACCCCGUCGUCCCCCGCGCUGGCCCCGCCCCUGACCCCGCACCACCUGCACCACCACCCCCACCAUCCCCACCACCCCCACCACCCGCACCAUCCGCACCAUCCGCCCACCACUAAACAACAGUUCAAUUUCCCAGAACUAAAGCCAGUGGUAUCUAGUCCUAACCACGUGUCGGUACAGUCGCCGUCGAGACAACACAACAAGGAAGACCUCACUACUAGCGUGCAAAGUGGCGACAGUUCCCGCUGCGUGUCGCUGUCGGGGUCGGGCUCCACGGACAGCGGGGGCUGCCAGCGCGGCGACUCCUUCGACCUCUCCAACAAGCACGGAGACUCGCGGUGGCCGCGACAGAAUAGUUUGUCAAUGAAAGAAUGGGACAUCCCGUACGACGAGCUGAAGCUGUUCGAGGUGAUAGGCACGGGCCGCUUCGGUACGGUGUACCGCGGCAGUUGGCACGGCGCCGUCGCCGUCAAACUGCUGCAUGUGCUCAGUGACGACUGUGUGCCGCUCGACACGUUCAAACAUGAGGUGGCUACCUUCCGCAAGACCCGGCACGAGAACUUGGUCCUGUUCAUGGGCGCGUGCAUGAAGCCGCCGCGCCUGGCCAUCGUGACGUCCCUGUGCAAGGGCAUGACCCUGUACACCCACAUCCACCUCCGCAAGGACAAGUUCACCGCCAACAAGAGCGUACUCGUCGCGCAGCAGAUAUCACAGGGUAUGGGCUACUUGCACGCGCGAGGAAUCAUCCACAAAGACCUGAAGACGAAGAACAUAUUCCUAGAGAACGGCAAAGUAGUGAUCACGGACUUCGGGCUCUUCAGUGUUACCAAACUGUGCUUUGGAAACAAGUUAGUACAAAGCCUCCGCGGCGACAGCCUGGGCAUCCCGGCGGGCUGGCUGUGCUACCUGGCGCCGGAGUUAUGUCGCGCCCUCACUCCGCACGCCUCGCUACAUCUGCCCUUCUCCAAGGCCACCGACGUAUACGCAUUUGGCACGGUAUGGUACGAGUUGUUAUGCGGAGAGUAUCCGUUCAAGAGCCAGCCGCCGGAGGCAGUCAUCUGGCAGGUCGGGAAGGGCGUCAAGCAAUCGUUAGCCAACAUGCAAGCUUCUAGAGAUAUUAAGGACAUCCUAAUGCUGUGCUGGUCGUACCGGUCGUCGGAGCGGCCCGACUUCCCGCACCUGCUGACGACGCUGCAGAAGCUGCCCCGCAAGCGGCUGGCGCGGUCGCCGUCGCACCCGGUGCACCUGUCGCGCUCCGCCGACUCCGUCUUCUGAGACCGGCUCGAGGCACUCUGCGUGCGGCCCUAGCGCUGAGAUUGGAGCCCCGGUCUGCGGCCUGUGUGGUACCGUUGUUUAUUGUCUACUUUAGGAACUAUACUCCAUAUUAUGGUUAGUUUUGUGUGUCAGUAGUGAGCGAGGUACAGGUAAAUCAACAAAAUACGUGAUCUUUGUGAUGCAAAAUUCUACCUGAUCAGAGGAUCCUCUCUUUUCACGAAAUAGGGAAUAUUGCACACUGACCUAAAGAAUUGAGUUAUGGCCACUCCAAAGCCAUAUCGAAAUCGAACGUUUUGAUGAAUCUUCAUAAGCCACAUUACAGACUCUUAACUUAAUUAGUAAAAGGUCAGACUAUGUACUAAAAUUAAAUAUUAAAGUAAAAUUAAACUUAAUUACGAUUUUAUCCUACUUUGACGAAUGUAAAGUGCAAUAAGAACAACGGAACCAAACUAGCCAGCCGACCACUAAAGUAUUCGCUCACUGAAUCUCGUAUAUCGACGAAAUAAAUAUAACUAUUUAAAACUAUAUUUAUAUUUUGAAAUGUCAUAAAUAUUACUUUGUUUUCAACUAGUCGAGAGAGAACAGUUUCCGUAUUUAAAUAAGAUUUAAUAAUUUAUUUUUAUCAGUAAGACUUUUAAUAUAAAUAUGUGCUGCAGUCAAUUGAAUAUUUAUAAUAGAGGAUUCAGAAUCAAUCAAGUUAGUGUUUCGCCGUCCAUGAUUACCGGGAUAAACAAACAAGUAACUCGAAUACUACUAUCGAAUACUGGCCCUACUCAGUGUAUAAAGUCAUAGUCAAAUUAAUCUUACAAUAUACAGAAGCUGUCCUCUCCACUAGUUAAUUCAAGAAGUUAUAUUUCAGUAUAACACAACACACGGGUUUUCGAUACUUAGUAUAAAAAACAUUUAUAAAUAAAAUGUAAAAUAUGUUAAUAACGUCUAUUGUAAGUAUAUCUUGAUCUCUGAAUAAUCAAUAGAAUAAAUUAUAUUUUCGUAAUUAAAAUAAUAAUUAAAUCAUGGAAAAAAUUAAAAAAAAAAGUGAAAAAUGACUGCUUUGUUGAUAGAUUGUAAAUAUAUGUACAGUGUUACGAUUUUG